AUGGCCCAAGGAAUCUAUGCGCUGUGGCUGGCUCGUAAUAAUGCCAGGGACGGGCAUAAGAUAGAAGAUGCUGAUGGCAUUGCGAGAAGGGUUCUAGCAGUUAUGGGGGAGUGGCAAGCUAUCCAUGGAAAGAAGAGCAAGCUCGUUAACCCAGCCCCGAAGGAGGAGUGGUGCCCGCCGGAGGACGAGUGGGUGAAAGCAAACGUGGACGGGGCGAUGUCCAAGGUUGGCGACAGGGGUGGAGCAGCAGUAGUGCUCAGAAACCAGGAAGGGGCGUUCUUGGGUGGAGCUUGUCAGGCAAUCAGAGCGAAGAAGAUAUUUGGUUUCUCCGUAUCUCUCAUCCUCAUCAAUCUGGCUUCUAUUAUGGAGCGUGCAGAUGAGAAUCUUCUCCCAGCAGUUUACAAGGAAGUCAGUGUAGCCUUCAACGUUGGUCCCACCGAUCUGGGAUACCUUAAUUUUCUAAUGAACUUUCUUAAGUCGAUAGCAUCCCCCUUGGCAGGCAUCCUUGCUCUUCACUAUGAUCGGCCAGCAGUGCUUGCGAUAGGAACUGUCUUCUGGGCCUUAUCAACAGGGGCUGUUGGUGUCAGCCAGCAUUUUCGGCAGCUUGCAUUCUGGAGAGCUGUGAACGGCCUUGGGCUUGCCAUUGUAAUACCGGCACUUCAGUCCUUCAUAGCAGAUAGCUACAAAGACGGUACGCGUGGCGCUGGGUUUGGUCUGUUAAGCCUCAUCGGUGCGGUGGGGGGCAUAGGUGGUAGUGUUGUGGCCACACUCAUGGCUGGGAAGGACUACUGGGGAUUGCCUGGGUGGCGUCUUGCGUUUAUUAUGGUUGCACUUCUUAGCUUGAUAAUUGGCAUUCUUGUGUACCUGUAUUCCACUGAUCCGAGAAGAAUCCCUGGCAAUCAUCUUCUAGAUGAUGACGACUACGAGAGGCUACAUCUGUCCAGCAAAGACGUUCUUCCUCCGCCCUCAAUCUGGAUGGAUUCUUGGGUGGCAACGAGAAGUGUCAUGAAAGUGAAGACAUUUCAGAUCAUUGUGCUGCAAGGGAUAAUCGGCUCAUUGCCAUGGACGGCCAUAGUUUUCUUCACCAUGUGGUUCGAACUCAUAGGUUUUGACAACAGGAGCUCCGCAGCAUUGAACAGCCUAUUCGCCAUCGGGUGCGCCAGUGGAGCUUUCCUCGGCGGUGUGCUAGCGGAUCGGCUGUCGCGGCGCUACCCCGAUUCCGCGCGCAUCAUGUGCGCUCAGUUCAGCGCCUUCAUGGGCAUCCCGUUCUCGUGGAUCCUCCUCACGGUCAUUCCUCAGUCCACUGACUACUGGUUCGCCUACGCCGUCACGCUCUUCUUCAUGGGCAUCACCAUCAGCUGGUGCGCCACCUCGGCGAACAACCCCAUGUUCGCCGAGGUGGUCCCUCCCAAGCACCGCACCAUGAUCUACGCCUUCGACCGCGCAUUCGAGGGCUCGUUCGCUUCGCUGGCCGCUCCUGCUGUUGGCUUGGUCACCGAGAGGAUAUACGGCUACGACGCCAAGACUGUGAACAUCGCCAACGGAUCGGCGGAAGGAGCGUAUGCGCUGUCGAGGGGACUGCUCACCAUGAUGAUCGUUCCUUUUGGUGUCUGUGUCCUCUUCUACAGCCCUUUGUACCUUGUGUUCAAGCGCGACAGAGACAAUGCCAAGGUAGCCAGCUUCAAGAACCAGGAGCUAACCUGAAGAGUUUUCCCGACUGCCGGAGAAUCUCGUGUUCAGGCUUCUUUAGGCUGACAGACCAGAAAG